CCCCCCCCCCCCCUCCCCCCAACCAUAAAAUUAUUUUCGUUGCUACUUCAGAACUGUAAUUUUGCAGUGGGAGGAAUAGUGCCUCAUCAUUGUGCCGCAUCGUUGGUGUCAGUGGGGGGAGGAAUAGUGCCCCAUCGUUGGUGUCAGUGGGGGGAGGAAUAGUGCCCCAUCGUUGGUGUCAGUGGGGGGAGGAAUAGUGCCCCAUCGUUGGUGUCAGUGGGGGGAGGAAUAGUGCCCCAUCGUUGUUGUCAGUGGGGGGAGGAAUAGUGCCCCAUCGUUGGUGUCAGUGGGGGGAGGAAUAG